CUGCCUGAUUAUUUAACACACCACAAAACACUGGUGUGAAACUUUAACUGUGUUGGGCUCUUAGUGAUUUUGGGUUUCCCUUACACAAUGGGGAUGAUAGGCUGUUGUAUUUGUUUCAUAUUGCCUGCUCUAGCACUGUCUGUGGACUCACAGGCUGUUGUUCAUGAUGUCUGGCCUGACGUUGGUGGUGGAUUUUUAGCUGAAAGCCUCUUACAGACACCUCGUUUCAGUGAAGUUGGGCCGAGCUUACCAGUACCUUUUCCGAUCUGGAACUUGAUGGAUAUAAGAAGCAGCUUUGAUCUAAGACUGAUGAACUCUUCUUGGAGUGGUCCUGCUGAGACUAAUAUCUACCCAAAAGGACAAUCUGUGUACCUGCAGGUAUCUGCUUCAACUGGAUCAGACCAGGAGCUCUACAUCCAGUCAUGCUAUGCUACAUCAUCUUCAGACCCCAUGGAUAAAUUCAGAUCUGCUCUCAUUCUCAACAAGGGAUGCGUGUCAUCUAAACAGUCUGUGAUUGAGUUUAUCUCCAGACAGCGUGAUUCCAUUAACUUGCUCUUGGAUACAUCCAGGUUGAAGUUCUCACAGAUUUAUAUACACUGCAGCGUGGUCUUCUCUUCAGCAGUGACUCCAGACACCAAAUCCUGCAACUACAACAAGAGUAAAUCCAGCUGGGUUGAGUUGGGUGGCCAGACAAGUGUAUGCAAGUGCUGUGCAUCAAAAUGUAAAGGUCCUCCUUCCUAUGGUGGUCCAUCAAAAGAAUUGAAAGCACUUGUGAGUACUGGUCCACUUGCCUUUAAGGAAGAGCAACAUGAGAAAGGAGAACCGUCACUGUCCAAUUCCUUUAAUGCCACCUCCAGAGUUGGAUCUUUCACAAGAACGAAUCAGAUCGUAUCUGGAACAUUCCCAUCUUCAGUGAAAAAAGGCUGGAUUGCAGCUAGUGUCACUGUAUCGGGUAACUCGAAGAAGAAAGUUCCUUACCGCUCCCCCUGGCUCUCUCAACCAGUAGUAUCGGAUACCGUGAUGGUAGUAAGCCAAGACCCAGGAAGUGCUUUAUCGCUGUGGCUACCAGAACUUCUGAUGGAUGUUGUGCCUGAUCCAGGUCUGGAGAUGGUAGUUGAUAUCCCACAGCAGAACAGUACAGCCAAACUUGUUGGUGUGUCCAGUCAAGAUGAUGCGCCAACUGAAAAAGCGCACUCGGAGACCACUUCUGAAGAAAUUCAUCAGGACGCUCGUGAUUGGAAAUCUCUAAUUCCAGAGCGUGUAAGUGAAGUGUACCAGGCCGAUUCCCCUGGUUUGAUGAACGACUGGGAUUUGGGCGAUGAUGCUGCAUUGGAGGGGUUUCACUCCUCAGAGGAGGAACUGAGAGGUGAUGUGUUUAUGAACUACAAAUGGCCACAGCACUAUGACCUCCCUGACCAUAAAGUGCACAUGGAUGCUUUAACGUCAUCUCUGCUGGAAAAGCUUCCUGAGAAGCCUCAGGAAAAGGAUGAUGACAUUAGGGUCCUCGAGCAGAUGGAAAAAGUGGUUAAAAAGGUUAAAGGAGAUGAAUUUGGAAAGCCGGAGUACAUGAAGAAAACAAAGUUAACUUUUAGUCAGGCUUCAGAUGGGUCCAGUUCCCUCAGCUAUGAGGAAGAAGAAAGGAGUCCGAGCGUGGGUGAGCAGGAGGUCAAGAAAAGUAAGCUGGAGAUGGAACGGAUGAAGGUGGAAGAAGACGGAAGUUCAAAGAAACUGGAAAAAGAUCUGAUGCAAUCCGUGUUGGACCUGGUGAGGGGCUUGAAUAAGACGAUGACUAAUCAGUGACGUGGGCUGACUUACAAAUGUCUGUAUUUAUAAUGACCUUCUAAAUAAAGGUGUUACAGGAAAUUAAAUGUUUCUGUCUACAGAAAUGUGGGCUUGCUUUCACUUUAAGCUUUGCAAUGGAUUUUUGAGCAAUGAGUCAUUUUUUUUUUUUCCUUAAGUGUCUAUAUUUACUGGGUAAGUGUGUGAUCCAAAGAAUUGGUCAUUUUCUUAAUAUCUAGAACUUGUCUGAUGUUUAACAUUUUGCUGAACUGUCCUUGGUACACUGUUGGGGGAAACAUUGGUUCUUUGAAUGGUUCAUUGGCUAUUUUAAAGGUCUUUUAGCCUCCAAAAAGGCUUCUCGGACCUUUUUCUGAUUGAAAUGGUGAGUUACACAGAAUCAUCUAAGGGUCCCUCCUGAGGGAAAACCAAAGUACACCUUAAAGGUUCUAAAGUGCA